GAUAGACUAACUCCGACUUCGUAUGCGCAGGCUCGACACGACGGACGUAUUCGCAUUCGCACGAUCUACGAACCAACUGACAUAGUAGUACAGCGGGUGACAGUCGUCGUAAAACGUAGAAUAAUGCGUUACAAUUUCGAUCUGAAGUGGACAAUGACUUCAAUAAUUUAUAACAUCAAAGCUUCUGCACGACCAUAAAUUGAUUUUAAUCUUUUAAAUGAUUUCGUUAACGCUAGCUCAAUCUCAGUGCAGAUUAGCUAGUCGAACGUCGAAUCUUCCCAAGAAAAACGGUGCGACUAUACGACGUUUGAUUUUUUGUUUACUGCGCGUUCUAUUGGUCCUUAAGUGACAUUCUCAGAUGUUUUUAAUGUGAUUUUCUUGUGAUAUAAAUGCGUGCUCAUAUCAUUUGUGUUAAUUUUGAAAUUAACGAUUUUUUAUUUUCCGUUCCAGGCUUGUGUUUCUAUUGGAUUCAUUUGUUUUAUGGAUUUUGAUGCAACAUAAACGGUGUAUUGUAAAAACCUGAUGAUAAAACAAGUAUUUUUAAAUAAUAAUUACGUUACGUUAUUUGUGAUAGAGAGUGAAAGUAGUGGCAAUGAAUUCCUCAAUUUGGGAGUCAGACUCAGCCUUCAGAUUUAUUUACACUGAUUUAGUUAUGGAAUACAUACCAGAAUAUUUCAAAGACUGGCAAUAUCAUCCAUGGAUUUUUUCGGUCUUAGGUUCUAUUUUAAUUGGAUUAAGUGGUGUGUUGCCUUUACUUAUAAUUCCAUUGGAAGGAGGAGAACAUUUUAAAAGUGGAGGAGGGGGCAAACUUUUGCGCGUAUUGCUCAGUUUUGCAGUAGGAGGUCUGCUCGGAGAUGUGUUUUUGCAUUUGUUGCCAGAAGCAUGGGAGAACUACAGUAACAAAGGAGAGCGACUCGUAGUCAUGUACGAAUUCGUAGAUUCAGGAGGAGGUAGUCCAUCAAUGACAUGCGGGUGCUGGGUAUUAGCUGGCCUCUUGUUAUUCACGAUGGUCGAGAAGUUAUUUGCUGGUUACAUGGAAGAUGAUGACGUUUCCGAGGAAAAGACCGAACGAAAGCGCAAGAAAAUGUCUAAAAUUAAUUGUUUGAUAAAGAACAACAAUGUCUUGAGGGCUAGAAACGAAAAUGGACGAUUCUCGACCAGCAAAUGCUCAGGCGGACAAAAUGGAAAAAUGUGUGACAUUGAAGUUAUAAAUGGAGCUAUCAAAAACGGCUGUUGUAUGGUCGAGGAGCUAGAGAAAGAGGCUGUGAGCAACAAGUCUAAGCAUGUUUCUGGAUACUUAAAUCUCAUGGCAAACUCAAUUGAUAAUUUCACACACGGUCUUGCUGUUGGUGGUUCUUUCAUUGUUUCAUUCAAACUAGGAAUUUUAACAACAUUCGCAAUUCUAGUGCAUGAGAUUCCACACGAAGUGGGCGAUUUUGCAAUUUUGUUGCGGUCAGGUUUCUCGCGGUGGGACGCGGCUCGAGCGCAACUCAUGACCGCUGGCGCCGGCCUGCUUGGAGCUAUGACCGCAAUCGGCGGAAGUCGGGCUACGAGUGCAAUGGAAGCUAGAACAUGCUGGAUAAUGCCCUUCACAGCCGGCGGAUUUCUCCACAUAAGUUUAGUUACAGUGCUACCUGACUUGCUGCAAGAAAGGGAUCCAAAAGAGUCGAUUAAACAAUUUGGAGCAUUGAUUGGUGGUAUAGUUCUAAUGGCAUCAUUGACCACAUUAUUGGAGUGAGGCAUAUAUUUUUCUAUUUCUAAUUAGAUUUCACAUAUCGGUGCCAUCAUCACAUUAAGUCACUGUGAUUUGACUAAUAUGAUACAGACUUGAUGAAAUAAAGUAAAAAUAGGGAACUAUUUUACAAAGAAAACUUAUUGACAUAAUUAGAUUAAUCUAUUUGAUCUGUCCGGGAGAAUUACUUACUUACUUACAUAUUAUGGUUUUGAAAAGUAAUUCUCAAAUAAUGAUAUUUGUGCAUGUAAAUAGUUAUAUUUUUAAU